CUCCGCCCCGGAAAGGUCCCUCUCAGGCGGCGGCGUGGCGGUCCCGGUCCCGCGAAGAUGGUGCGGAAACUGAAAUACCACGAGCAGAAGCUGCUGCGGCGGCUGGACCUGGUGAACUGGGAGGCGUCGGGAGGGAACCUAGCGGAGGUGCGGGCGCUGCGGCGGUACCGGGUGGGCCGGCGGGAGGACUACGUGCAGUACAAGGCGCUGGCCCGCGCCGUGCGCGCCCUGGCCCGGCGGCUCCGCGACCUGAGCCCGGCCAGCGCCGCCUUCCGCGCUCGCUGCGCCGCCGCCCUGCUGGAGAAGCUCUACGGGCUGGGGCUGGUGAACAGCCGGCAGUCGCUGGCCGUCUGCGAGAGCCUCUCGGCCGCCGCCUUCUGCCGCCGGCGCCUGCCGUGCCUGCUGGUGAAGCUGCGCAUGGCGCAGAACCUGCGCCACGCCGUCACCUUCGUGGAGCAGGGCCACGUCCGCGUGGGGCCCGAGGUGGUGACGGACCCCGCGCUCCUGGUGCCCCGCGCCGUCGAGGACUUCAUCACCUGGGUGGACGCGUCGCGCCUGCGGCAGAAGGUGCUCGACUACAACCAGGAGCGCGACGACUUCGACCUGGCCGCCUAGGGCUGCCCGGCUGCCCUUCUGCCCAGCCUCACAGGACACCGAUAAAACCACGGCGCUGCCAUCACGGGAUAGUCACACACCUGCAAAGGGAGCCAGAAGGAAACUGUGUGCUUCCAGUGUCGAACUGACCUGCUCCUGGCUCCCUUUUGCAGCUACUGGUUCCAUUCAUCCAUGCAGAGGAAUGUCCUUUACACAUCCACUGCUUCGAGGAUACGUCCAGUGGCCCAGCUCCAUUGUUGUCUCCAGCGUUCCCAGCUCCACUGUCAUUCCUGGCAUUCCCAGCUUCACAUCAGCCCAGCAGCUCAGCUCCGUCAUCAUCCCCAAUGUGCCUCCAUCGUCAUCCCUGGCAUGCUGUCCUGGUUUAGGCCAAAUUUUCUAUCUUCCCUGCUUUGCUCUCAGAUCUAGUUUUGAAGGUGCAGAACUUAUUUCUGGGCUAAACAGACAGAUGGGGAUACCACCAUCUCAAAGUCACCCCAGGACACAGCCCAGCUCCAUCAUCCUUAAAAGUGCAUCUCCAUCAUCCUUACAUCCCAUAAAGCAGAAGUGUUUGGAAAAGUCUCUGCCCAGUCACAGGAGAGGAUUUUGGUCGGGCUUAAGUGCUUGGCAGCUUAAUAGCAGCUGCUGGAAGGGGUUUUAAGCCAAGCCGAGUGCUUGUUUUAAGACUGAGUUUAGCAGCUUCUCUGCUCUUUUUCCAAGAGUUUGUCCUGGUUCUUCCUUCAGCUGUUGAAUGCACAGGAAUCAGUUACUUCUAGAAGGGUUUUCCCUUGAUAUCAAGGAGAGAAUGCAGGGAUUUCUGGGGUUCAGCAGUAAAACAGAAGGCCAAAUACUGCGUUUCUGGAACUGUUAAAGUUUUAGCUAAAAACAUAAUUAAAACAAAAACCGACAAAAAACUUUAUUGUCAUGUUGUAAAGGGAAGUUUGAUGCUUUGAGUUCAGUGUCUUUGCUGUGUGGGGUUCCAGGUGACCAGUAGGCAUCAUUUAUGGAACAGGAUCUAACUGGGGACAUGCUGGAGCAAAAGCUGAUCUAACCAUAACUGCAGAUUUGGGGGAACUUUUGCAUUUUAGUGCAUUAGCCAGUUGGGAACUUUGUUCCCUUUUGAUAAAAAAAGCAGAAAAACAAAAAUAAAACUGUUGGGGUUUUUUAGCUGGUGAAGAAAUGUGUGGACUGCUUUAUGAUAUAGUUUCUCUGAGUUUUUUCCGAUUUUUAAAUGUUCCAGUAAGCCCUGUUUGCCACCUUUCAGAACUUUUUUUUUUUAAUUUAAGUUUUUAUGUAACUUAUGUAAGUCUGGUUUUAUUUGAAUAGCUAGAAGGCUAUUACUGAGUUCUAACACGUUUAUGCUAAGAAUGCCCUCUUUCCCUUACCCCAGGCUAUGAAAGGAUUUGGCAGUAGGUUAGGAGCAGAGCUGUGACUGUCCAUCCCAAAUCCAAAGAGUUGGAGUGCAGCCACUGUCAAAUUUCUGGAUUUAGAUGCCUUAGUGUGGCUUUUUUUGAACAGAAAAAGUGUUUAGGUGAGGUAUGUUUUGUAGGUAUUGCAUGACCACAAUCUGUCACCAAACAUUAUGUCAAGUUUUUAUAAGGCAAACAGAAUGUUUACAUUCUUCCCAAUCUAAUAAGCCAGCUGUAUUAAGCAGAACAAUUAUUAAAGCAGUAAUAGAUAUUUAGAAAAGGACACUAAAUGGGUGGAUAAACCCUUUGCCUACUACUGUUGUUUGUACUUGAAUUUAUUUCAGUAAUCAUAACCUCAACAACAUCUUAACCUUUUUCUUAAGAGUGUGCACCUUGCUUAUGGUAAGAGAUUGAAAAUUUGUGAAAAGUUUCACACCUGAAGCCUGACUUUUAAACACCUUCUCAGCUUCCUUUUCCUCUAGAAAAAUGCCAUUAUUUCUUGGGAAAUUUAGAAGGUGCUUUAUUCAGGUGCAGGUAAAACUAGUGCUUUUGCUGUGCCUUACUCUUUUGGGGAAAUCUAAUUAACAGCACAGUGACUGUGCAAGGCAUUUUACUAAUGAGAUGCUGAACUCCCGCUCUGCCCUGUGUGUCCAGCCCUUGAAAGAGUUGCAGAAAAGGAAAUAGCACACCUCCAGCCUCUCAGCCUCUGCAGUUUACAUCAUUAGCUCAUUCCUUUUGUAUUAAACCAACUUUUUAUCCUUUAUCUGUGCACUUCAGCAUCUGCAGCAGAAAUGACCCUGUGGGCUGUAAGGCAGUGGGAAUUGAUUUCCCAAGAAAUAUGUGGGAUAACAGCAUCCAUCACCCCUGCUCUCCUCCUGUGGUACUGGAAAUCAAAUUCUUAUGUUCUCUGAGAA